AUGGACCCGCCGAAUCUGAUGCACAGGGCCUCUGAAAAGUGCCGGAGGGGCCUGAGACGAACGUUUUCGAGCGGCAAGACACGGCCAGAAGCCAACGGCCACGGCCACGGCCACGGCGGUGAUAAGUCGGGUGUAAGUGGACGCUGGAGAGCGAGCUGGUCCUCGUUUUCGACAGCCUUCCUCUCCGCGGGAAGGGCCAGUAAGGAGUACAAAUCCACGGCCGUCGAGGACGUCAUCCCGGAAUGCGUUCCCACCGUCGCCCAUUUCCCCUUCUCACAGCUCCCUCCCGAGAUACGCCAUCAGAUUUAUCAGGAAUACUGGGUCGUCUCCGGGGUCUCGAGACACGCGUUCCUGCACAAUGGCAAGCUCGUGCACUCGCCCUGUAUCACGGACCACGAGGCACCGGACGAGAGGCAGGCCGGCGUCGCCAGGGCCUUUGCGGCGUCGGGCAGCAAGGCCGAGGUGCAGUCACAUCCCCUGUGGGCCAAGAGGAUGGCUUCGAAGUGGUGCAAUCACUGGAGGUGCGAGGAGCUGUGGCAGGACAUACAGGACGGCAAAGAUUUUGACGCCCACAAGACGCUGUCUUACAGGUCUCUUCUGCUGUCUUGUAGAUGGAUGGAAUGCCACCCGUCACUCAAGGAGCACCAGUCCAUCACGGUCACGGACGGCCAGACCCUCCAUCGCGUGCUCUACUUCCCGCGGGCCAGCUACCUCGACCAGGCCACCGCCCUCAACAUCUCCCUGCGCGAGGACAGCGGCAACUACCUCUACCUCAACGCCACCAGCAUGUGGUUCGUGCUCCUGGACGACGACUUCGCCGCCGCCCGCGUCUACCUCUGGCUCGACGCCGAGUGUCCUCUCACCCGCCGCCUGCUGACCGAGUUCCGCAAGAUCCUCGGCAACGUGCCCGACGCUCUCGCCCCGCGCCUGACCAUCGACUUCCCCUGCGACGCCCACGACGGCUUCUGGGCCUGGGACGAGGUCGAGGUCGACACCUGGGACGUCUGCGCCCGCAGCGGCGGGAGGAAGACGGAGCCGCCGCUGGAGCCCAAGUUCAACGUCGUCGCGAGGGGCAGGCAGAGGUUCAACGAGACCGCGGGGGGGUACGUGAGCAGCGCGGACGCGGGGCGGCCGAGGCGGAGGGUCUUGAAGGACAGCAAUCCGUUCGAAGACAUUCUUCUGUACGGGCGGGGGUUUCUUGACAAAGAGUACGUGUAG